AUGCGGUCGAGUUGCUCAGCUCGAUGCUGGAAUAGCCUUCGACAGGCCCCGAAGCCGCGCUUUUACUCGGGCGUACAGCAGCAGCCACCGCCAUGGCGGCCCGUCUCCGCUCUGGAUGAGUGGGUUGAGCGCCAGAUCCGCCCAAUUAGCCUGCGCCAGUUGACUUUCUUCGGCCGUACCUUGACGGAACCUCGACUCAUCAGCUCGGCGAACUAUGUGCGGACCGAGCUACCGACUCGGCUCGCACACCGGCUGCGAGAUAUCCAGCAGCUGCCCUACGUUGUCGUCGCUAACCCGCACCUGUCCCUUGUCUACGAGUUGUACUAUAAAGCAUUUGAACGGUCCCGGGUGAUCCCCGAAAUCCGCAGUCUCGAUGACAACGACCGAUUUUGUGAUGUGCUCCGGGAGAUGCUGAAAGAGCACCUGGUGGUAAUCCCCAACCUGGCGAUGGGGGUCCUGGAAUGCCAGGGCCUUGUGCCGCCAGAGGAGAUGGAUCAGUUCAUGAACACCCUUCUGCGAGCGAGAAUAUCUCGUCGCGUCAUCGCAGAGCAACACCUUGCCCUCACCGAGACCUUCAACUCGCCGUGGCAUUUCCCAGAUUCACACGAGCGGACGGACAUGAACGCCGACUUUAUCGGUGAAGUAUUCCUGAAGUGCAAGGCCAAGGAGGUUGUGGAACGGUGCGGACGAGUAGCGCAAGACUUGAUGCGGCAGACCUCGCAAUCCACCCAGCUCCCCGCCAUCAACGUCCAGGGUCAUUUGGGGGCUACCUUUCCGUACAUCCUGAGCCACCUGGAAUACAUUGUUGGCGAGCUGCUGCGCAACUCGGUGCAGGCUGUCAUCGAGAAAUACCAGAACUCCUCACAGGUGCCGCCGCCCAUCGACGUGCUUAUCUGCGAGACGCCGCAGCACGUGAUCCUGCGCAUCUCCGACCAGGGCGGCGGCAUCCCGCGCGAGAUCCUUCCGUAUUUGUGGUCCUUCAGCAAGGGGCCGCGCACGCAGGCUCGGCUCGAGAAUUUGGGUCAAGUCCCCGCUAUGGCGGCGACCAUGCAGGAGUUGAAAGGGUCGGAGCGCAAGCAUGAUCGCGCGGCCUGGCACGAGGGGUCACUGGAUUCGCUGACCUCGCGACCGCCCAACCUGCGUCUGGGCAUGGGACUGCCAAUGAGCCGGGUGUAUGCCGAAUACUGGGCGGGCAGUCUGGAGCUACACAGCUUGGAAGGGUAUGGUGUGGAUGCCUUUUUGCAGAUCUCGAAGCUGGGGAACAAGAAUGAGCAAGUGACGACGCGGGCGGCCAUCGAUGCAGUGUGA